UUUUCAGACGCUACUACUAUAUCCAGAAGAUGGCAGUAAUGCCAACCCCACGGAUGAGUGUCUCCACUAAACCCCAGAAGGGAAGAAGAACAUUUUUCUUGAAACCACGUGACAUGUGUGUAGUCGGGCUGUAAAGAUGGUUUCCUCGGUUGCCAAAUCAAAUCUGGCUCCACUGAGAAGUUUCUGUUUUUUAAAUUCAGUGUUUCACUUUAGGAACCUCCGUGAGUUAACAUGGCUACUUAUUACUAUUUGUUACUUGACGAGCCAGUCGCUGGCAGACGAGGGGGACUUUAUGGAGGAGUUUCUGAAGCGGGAAUAUUCUCUUGUGAAGCCGUACCGCGGCUUGGGUUUCUCUAGCUCCUCACAGUGGGAUCUGAUGGGCACUGCCAUGGUGACGCCUGACCAUGUGAGGCUAACCCCAGACCUGCAGAGCAGGCAGGGAGCUGUGUGGAGCCGAAUUCCUUUGCUUCUGCAAGAUUGGGAGCUGAGAGUACAAUUUAAAGUCCAUGGCCAAGGGAAGAAGAACCUGAAUGGUGAUGGACUGGCCAUCUGGUUAACCAGAGAUCGCAUGAAAAAUGGCCCUGUAUUUGGCAACAUGAACCAUUUCUCUGGACUUGGAAUAUUUGUGGACACUUACCCCAAUGAUGAUAAGACCCAUGAUAGGACAUUCCCUUACAUAUCUGUGAUGCUGGGGAAUGGCACCCUGUCGUAUGACCACGAUCGUGACGGUCGGUCCACAGAGCUUGGAGGAUGCACAGCUAUGGCACGCAACUCGGUCUACGACAACUUUUUCCUCGUUAGAUACUCCAAAAAUCAACUGACGCUCAUGGUGGAUGUUGAUGGUAAGCAGGAAUGGAGAGAAUGUGCUGACAUUACAGGAGUGCGGCUACCUACAGGCUACUUCUUAGGUGCCUCCUCUGCCACGGGAGACCUGUCAGAUAACCAUGACAUCAUCUCCAUGAAGCUGUAUGAGCUUACAGUCGAGAGGACUCCACAGGAAGCGGAAGAAGUGGAAGUAGUCACCAUCCCCAGAGUUGACAACAUGGAGCAGUUUCAAGUGGAAGUGGAGGAGGAAGGGAUGAGUGGAGUCCAGCUGUUCUUCACCCUUCUCUUCACAGUCGUGGGCCUGGUCGUGCUGGGAGUGGUAGGGCUAAUAGUUUACGGGCGCUGGAAGGAAAACAAACGCAAACGCUUUUACUGAGGAAAGAUCAGCCAGUCCGCAGAAUGUGUUUUUAAUGAACAAACAUGCAAAGACUCAAUGACACAAAUUGAACAAACUGAACUUUAGUGGGUUUGAAGCAUAGAGCCAUGAGAACAAAUGAAUACAUGAGCUGUGGUUUAAAAUAUUUAAGAUUUCUGGAAGAUUGAUGAGAUAAAGCUCUGCUUGCUGUAGUGAAGCAAAAUCAUUUUAAAAAUAUGUUCAUCUAAACUUGAAGCACGGUGGGACUUUUUAUCUGCACUAACUGAGGCACUGUUUCUACCAGCAGGAAGUAAGAAAAACAACAGAAUGAGUCACUAAAUCAGAUGCUGAGUUUGCUGACAUUAUGUUACACAAUUUUGGAGUUUGGGGUAUCUCUGCGGACCUGAGCCAGUGCAGAGUGGGUAGAAGUCAUGGUAGCGAAGUUGGGCGCUUCUUUUAUUGUCAUUUAAAUUUUUUGUUGGAAAUUCACUAACUUUACUAAUAAUCCUGUGUUUAUUUUAUUUUCUAAAUACGUGACCCUUAAAAUGCUUAUUUGUACAUCAACAUUUUCUUUAUGACUUUUCAUUAUAUCUGUGACUUACCUGCAACUUUCACAUAUCAAAUCAGAUGGGACUUGGGCCUGUUUGUUAGCUUGCCCACUAUAGAAAUGCUGUUUUGUAGGUAGCUAGCAGAGUGGCAUAGAUAUGUGCACAUAUUCUGCCACUGGUAUGUCCCGGAUGAUUAAUCAGACUUUUAAAUUCUGAAUGACAAUGUUAGCUUCCAUUAACAUUUUUAAAAAGUUAGCUUAAAAUGAUUCGUCAUAGAUCAAGCACAUCUCUACAGAGGGCCUGUUGGCAAGUGGUUGCUGCUGUUGCUGGGUGAAAUCAUCACAAAGAAGUUGCACCAAAAACCACCUUUUGAUCGCUGUGGUUGGAGUAUGCUAACAUUAUCAUUACUCUCUGACCUGUAGUGAAACUUUGGGAAGAAAAAAAUGCAACACAAAUCAGAGUAAAAGUUGUGCCGUUUGAAAUGUGGUGGUUACAAGAGCAGGGCACAAUUUUUACUUUGAAGGCAAAUGUUUUUAGUUUGUGUUGACCCUUCAGGUUCACUUCUGCUUGACAUGUACUUUGUGUUUGUAGGCAAUUUGUCAUCCAGGCACAAGCUGCUGGUGACCAUGCCAACCUGCUAGCAAACAGUCUUUUAAUGUAGCAGCAUUAUACUAACUUCACACUAGCAACCUCGGGCAAUCACUUGCCAACCAGUCAUGGAACACACACUUUUUGGUGGAGACUGGUGGUUACUCAUCCCUCAGUCGAUUUCAGUGACUGCCAACAACUGCUCACAAGCAGUCGGAAAAUACACAAUUAAGUGCCAUAUGGCCACUUAAAGGUGUUUUGUCUUUUUGUGUGACUACCACAAAGGCCAUUGUGAGUUUACUGAUCCCUGGGCCAGCAGGGACUACUUGUUGUGAGAUGAACUUUAUGCUUAAAAACAUCCCCUAAUCAGGGCCUCGUUCCCAAUUGGUGAUGUGUUAAGUAGUCAUAAAUUAUCAGUUGCGUCACUAAUGUACCAUACUGCAACAGCUACCUUAAAUGUAUACCUGAAUUACAAUAGUUAGAGCUACGUAGCAUUAUUCAGAUGCACUUGUUUUGUGUGACGAUUCCCAAACGAGACAGCUGAAUUUAUAUUUCCAACAGGGUUCACAGUAGACUAUCAAACUAUUCAUGUUAAACAUUAUAUUAUAGAAGUAGGUUAGGAUGCACUAAGCCUCGUCUCAUAUAAACGUUCAGUGAGGUCUGAUUGUUUUUAAUAUUUGAAGAACUUCUCUCUCUGUAGACCUUCAUGCAUUAUAAGACCUGGCUAAGACCUGAACAGUAUGGUGGCUGCACUGAGAGCAACAACUUAUGUGGCAUGCCCAUCAAUGAAUGUGUGGGAGAGUAGUUAAUCUUUGACUGUUGUUCUUUGUUCUCUUCAGCCAACAAUACACGACAAUUACAACUGAUGGUAACGAUUUAAUUCCAGAGUAGAUUUAAUGAACAAACAGGUGCAGAACUUUCUUGCCUGGUUGAUUCUACAGUUCAUGCUAAUGCACCCACUGUAAAUGCCUCACGCACAUGGCUCUGUGAUGUGCAGAGAGCACCACUCUAAUUUGACUUGUAGCUGCUGUGAAGACCAGUGAGCCUGUGAAUCUUUUUAUACUUUUUGCUGCACUAAAGAAAAAAAAAACUGGACUGUCAUUUUAUUUGAGAUAACUUUAUACAGCAAUCCAGCAUUUAUUCAACAAGUGAAAAUAUUUAUAUAAAUAUUGCUGAUACGUGAGCUCAAUGCUAUGUGUAAAAGAAUAGAGUGGCGUUACCAGUGCUGAAUAAAGUGCCUCACUAGGACCAUUACAGGCAAACUCUCAUUUUGAUCCUCUGUGCAAGUUUGAGCUCAACAUUUAUUUUCUGUUUGACAUCACUUCCAUGGCUUGAUCUACACUCUGACGUUACAAACAGGUCUCAGAAAUGAUAAGCUGAUUUAAGAGUUUAUCUGAGAACAGUUUGUCAGUGUCACUCUUUGUGGAGCACUGAUGUUUUUAGUUCUUCCACCAACCAGUAACUUGGUAGCAAUUGAUGUUUUGCUCUGUACACACUUACAUUAACAUCCAUAUGCUGCAUCAUGUAGUCAUGUGAGUUUGAUUAAACUGAUCACUCAAACCAAGAGGAAGAAAAAAACAAAAAAUGAUGUCAAGCUUUAUUGUGUCUAUGAAGAAACCUCGAGUACUCAGUAAAA